AUGUCACACCCAUACCGAAAUCCUGUUCCAGAUGCUAAUGACCUUUCGCUGGGUCGAAAAUCCAUGUCUGGAAUAGCUUCAGUCUUAGCAGGUUCCGAGAAUCUAACAACAGGAAUCCAAGAUAAUGUACGUCCUUUACUUGACCAUAGUGGUUUGUCAAGAUAUGAAGCUAAUAAGGCUCUCGUGGAAGAAUUAGGUGAAUCUUUUGUGAGAAUGAUAAAUAAUGAGACUUGGAGUGUUGAAAAAUUUAAUGAUUUUAUCAAUGCUGCUUCACAGUUUAUGUUUAUGAAGGAAAUGCGAAAGGCUGUAUUAGCUGCUUGUGUUAAAUAUCAUGACCGGAUAUCUUCUGAUAUGUAUGAUUGGUUAGUGAACGACCCGAAUAUUGUAGAUGAGGCACCAAUAAGUAUUAAAAGAGAAUUAUUUGCUCGGGAUAGAUCAUUAUUCCGACUUUAUGUGACCCCACUUUUCGAAGAAUAUUUGAAAGAUCAAAGCUUGUAUUUUCUCAGCAGAGAAAUGAGAGGAACUAACAUAAACGAUGUUUUAGACUUUAGAAUGAAUAAUAAAGGGCUUCAGGACAUUAUAAAUAUGAUUGGUGAAAACAACAUAUUGUUUGAUGAAAUGCAAAGUCUAAUCAGAAUUUGGUUUGUUGAAAAUGGAUGGUCUAGAAUUUGUUCAUUUCGUUUCGAUUUUUUCAUGGGAAUGCAAAAGGCGGACCGUAUUCAAAUGUGUAAACGUGAUCAUUCGUUUAAUUUUAUUUGGUACGUAAAUGCUGGAAUAAGAAAAGGAUUUGAUUCAAACCGUAUUAAUGAAUUGAUAAACAUGUACAACAAAGCUAAAAAAUCAGCAUCCCCCGACAUCAUCGAACUUGCGAUGGUUUUUCAAGAUCCUCUUGUCGUAAGCGUUUUUUCUGCUCGAAUAGUAGAUAUUUUACGAAAAUAUGUUGAUAAAUCAUUAGAAAGGCUACCAUUGCGACUCGUCAAUAGUAACAUGCUGAUGAUCAUGAAAGAAAAAGAAAUGUCAUCAACCCUUAAAUGGUGUACUUCAAUGUUACAUUUCGGUUCUAAUGCAUUUCGAAUGAUAAUUAGUAAAAAUUACAAUUUGCCAGAUCUCGAUGAAAAAGAAUUUUAUGAAGGCUUUUAUAAGCACAUAUUAUACAUGAUGGUUGAUGAUAGACAAAGGGAAGCAAAAGAAAGUAGUAAAGCCCGUAAAGAGAAGACCACGCAAGAUGUACUUGAUAUGCAAGAAAUACCACCCACACCUUCUUGGAUUUCAUUUGGCGAAACGGAAACUCAAUUAUUGAAGAAAAGUGAUCCCGCUAGAAAGAUCUUUUGUCAGUAUAUCGUGGAGAGAACUGAUAAAGGUGAUCCAGUUGCUGUGCAUCGAUGUUUACCAUUUAUAUAUGCAUCAUUGCCACGCAAUGAAAAUGAAUUUAUGCAUUUAGAAAUGUACGAAUCUUUGUAUCAAUCAAUCAUAACUAUAAUUAUCAAAUCGCAUCGAGUUCGUGUACUUUGUUCUGAAAGAUGGAGAUCUGUUAUAACUGACUUAAUCAACAUUACACCUUGGAGAUUAAGUAUUCAAGAAUUGGUUGUAAAAUUAUUUAUAGAAUUUUAUAGCGAUGAAGUUGCCAACAAAUUGACGACUUUAGGCUGUGUAGAACGAAUGAAAUUGGUGAGAGAAUGGGCUGAAAGAAUGUGUAUCACGGGAGUGAAUAUGAAAACCGGUGACGUUAAAGCACUUAGACAUAAGUAUUUGCUUAUGAUUUUUAGGUCUACACAGGUUGUAAGUGGAAUCUAUUCUAUUAGACCCGAGGUUUGUCCGGUUUUGUGGGAAAUCGCUUUUCAAGGAAAUAAGGAUGUUAAUUUGAAUGCAAAAGACGCAAGAGCGUUGUUAGAAAUGUAUUUAUAA